AUGCCCCCGCCGGCCGAUGCGAGGGACACCGGCCCCGGCGCCCCGGCGACGGAGGAUCCGCAAUAUGUCUUCCGCUGGACGCCGGCGGUUGUCGGAUCGCGCAACUCCACGGGCGACACGCCGCUCCACCUGGCCGUGGCCAAGAACGAUGUGUCGCUGGUCCGCCUGCUCUUGGCCUUCGGGGCCAAUCCCUUUGCCAAGAACCACGCCGGCAAGACCCCCGCCGGCCUCGCGGAGGAGCGUCUGUACACCGACAUCACGCGCCUCUUCCAGGAGGAUGUGGCUCGGCUCGCCCAACUCUGCCGCGUGCGGCCCGGCCACAUCGACCCUGACACCGGGCUCUCCUUGCUGAUGAAGGCCUGCAUCCUGGACUCGGUGGCCGCCAUCGAGACCAUUUUCCUGGCCUUCGAGCCGGGCGCCCAGCCGGUGAGCCAUUCGCCGGCCGACAAGAAACCCCCGCCGCCGGGCACCGGCAUCGCCGGCUCCACCGCCGGCACGGUCGAGGGGCCACCCGGGUCCGGGGUGACGGCCAUCCGGCCGUACAUCCUCACCCGCCCGCCGCAGCAGGUCCCGGCGCAGCUCCGGCACCUGGUGAACCAUCGGUCGGCGUGUGGCUUCACCGCCCUGUCGCUUGCCUUGCGCGCGGGGGCGGUCAAUGCCGCGCGCCUGCUCAUCGAAUUCGGCGGCGCCAGCGUCUCCGUCGACCAGGCGCCCCUCUUUCGCAUGUCCUCGCCGAAUCCCACCUCCCUGGCAAUGUCCAACCGGUCCAUCGCCUCCUCCGUCUCAUCGGUCACUUCGGCCAUCAGUGGUUCCGGCGCAUCCGCCGGGGGGGGCCUCGCCGCGGGUCCCGGGCAAUGCCACGGCACCUCGAUCUUGGCCCUGACGCAUGCCCUGCUGGCGGCCCUCGGGCACCAGCUUCCCAGCCCGACGGAUUCGCUGAUUUCCUCGGACCAGAGCGACUCGUCGCCGGACUGUGCCCCACUCUUGACGUUGGAAGGGUGGCCGGCGGCGGCGGCCGGGGGAAGCCCGGGCCCGGGCGCCGCCGACGCCCCGGCCGCCGGUGACCCCGGCAGUCCAGCAGCCUCCGUGGCUGGGAUCCGGUCUCCGCGCAUCGGGACCCGGCGCCUGUCCGAGAAGGAGGCCGCCCUGUCGGCCAUGAAGCGCAAUGGGCUGUCCGCUCGGCGGUCCCUGUCCCGGGCACGGCCCUUCCUCACCAUCGACACCGAUCCCUCGACCCUCUUUCGCACUGGGCCGCCCGGCCCCGGGCAGCCGUGCUACCCCGCCUCGUCAGCUGCCUCGGGGCAGGGGGGCGCCUCUGCCAGCGGGGCCGGGCACGGAGCCGGGCACGGCCCGGCCGGCCACCCGGCCGUCCCAGCGGGCCAGGCACGGCCCGGUGCCCUGGUGCCUGGGUCCAGUCACUUUUACAGCUUUUACCGCUGUGUGGAUGGGGCAUUCUCCUGCCUGGACCUGUUGCACCUGGUCGAGGCUCGUCUGUAUGCCGAUUCCAUCGAGGUGCACCUCCAAACGCAUGAGGUCCUGUCGACCGGCUCGCGCACCUCCUCCAGCCUGUCUCUUGUCGAGGACCUGAUGAUCUCGGAUCUCGGCCUGCCGCCAGCGCUGGAACCGCUGGCCGGCGCCACCUCUCUCGAGACCCUGCCCCGGUUGACGGUCGCCCCGGAGGUGGCGCCUGCGCCUGCCAGCCCCCCCAGCACACGCUCAAGCACGCUCUCGGUUGAGGACGAACUCCAAAGCAUCAUGGAGCAGGUGGACCGGGAGCGUGCACGCACCACCCGCCAACGCCCCGCGUCGCGCACCAUGCUCAGAUCUCCCGCCCCGGGUGACGCCCCCCCCGGGCCCCGGGCCCCAUUGGCCGGGGCCAACGGCAGCGCCACCACAGGCACCACUGCCAGCACGGCCACCCAGUGCACCAUGCUCAGAUCUCCCGCCCCGGGUGACGCCCCCCCCGGGCCCCGGGCCCCAUUGGCCGGGGCCAACGGCAGCGCCACCACAGGCACCACUGCCAGCACGGCCACCCAGUCGCUGGACUCGCUGCUGCCGGAGCGCAUGGCGGCCACCCUGGCGGCCGCGACUCGCGAACGCUCGCUCGACUCCCUGAGCCAGGUCCAACGGCGGCGGUCCUCGGUCGACCUGCCCAUCAGCCUGACGCUGCUGGAGCGCCGGGCGACCUUGCACAGCCUCGGCUCCCUGGACCUGGCCCUGCUGGACUCGCAGGCCGGCCAGGCGCUAUCCCUGUCGGAUGCCUCGCUGCUGGCCGGGUCGUCGGUGGCAUCGCUGGCCGGCUCGGACCCGACCGAUGCCGGGCCCACCGGGGCCCUGCCCCCCGGGGGUGCCCUCUCACCGGCCUUCUCGCUGUCGCACCUGUCGGUCCUGCAGCCGGACCGGUCGCUUACCCUGCUGCUGGCACGCAUCACCGCCCAGCUGGAGACCUAUCGCGCGGACCAUGCCCGGCGGAAGGCAGCCGCGGCCGCCGACCGCCUGGGGCCCGACUGCACCGGCGGCCCGGGCCCCGGGCCGGGCACCUCGUCGGCCGAUGAUCUGGCCCGCCUUCACCAUCACAUCCACCAUCACAUCCACCAUCAUGACCAGCACCCGGACCAGGACCACCACCAGCACCAGCACCACCACCGCCACUCGAGCGGGACCGCACGCGAGACCGACAUGCCUGCCCUGGAGUUGACCCUGGUGGCGUCGGUUUCCUCGGAUCUCGGGGACAUCAGCUCGCUGGCCGGCGGGGCCGGCAACGGUGCCACGGCCUCCGGCGCCACGGCCUCCUCCACCAGCAUCCUCGGCCUGUCCGGGUCGCUGUGGCCCAUGCAUGCCAGCGCUGCCGGGGUCACUGCCGCGGCCGGCGCCACGCCGGCCUACACGGUCCCGGAUGCCCUGCUGGCCCGCAUCGUGGAGCAUAUCCACCAACUGGUGACGGCCGUGCUGAAUGGCUUCCGCGGGCAAUAUCUUUCCAUUGCCACGCUUGUGUCUCAGGAUGCGAGUCGGAUCAUCCACGAGGUUCGCAUGGCCAUGCGCGCGCGAAAUGCCCUGCUAUCCAACCUCAAGGCCCUGCCGGCCGGGGGGGCCCUGCUGCCCGGCGGGUCCAGCGAUCCGGCCCUAUCUGGCGACAGCUCGCACACGUCGGUCCGCGGGGCCGUGUCGCCGGACGAUCUGCCGGCCGCGGCGUCGCCGCAGCGGCCUCCCACCGCCGGGGCCCGGGCCGGGGGGCUGGGCUUGUGUCCGGAUCUCGGCUCGGCCCCCGGCAUGGGGAUGCCCUCCUCGCCGCGGCGCACCCCCUCCACGGCUCCGCGUGCUCUUUCCUUUUCCGGCUACCCGGGGACCGGGCGCGAUGCCGGCCGGCCCGGGUCUCUGGAUGGCCUGCUGGCGGCCUUGGAUGUGCCGGACCCGUCCACCGAGUUCGUGGGCGGCGGUUCGCCAUCCUCGGGAUGCUCGCCACCGGGGCAGGCCCCCGGGCGGCUCUCCUCCUCGGCGCCGGUCGACUCGCCGAUUCAGCAGUACGCCGCCGAGCCGGCCGGGCUGCCUUCCGGCUCGUCGCCGCCACUGUCGGCGGCCAGUCCGCUGGCAGGCCCGCAGGACCCGCUCGGCUCCAACCGGGGGCUUUCGUCGGCCCUGUCGUCGGCCCUGUCGUCGGCCCUGUCGUCGCCCUUCUCCAGCACGGCCUCCUCGCCGGAUGGGUUUCAGCAGCUCCGCUCGGGCUCCGGGCACCUGGCCGACGCGCCGAACCACGCGCGGUCCCUCUCCGAAAUCCAUGGCAGCCAUCCGCUGCAAUUCUCCGGCGGCCAGCAUCAGUAUCCCCUGCUGGCUGAUGAGGCGUCAGCCGACCGGCUGCUGGACAACCUCAUCGGGCAGCUGGAGGCCUGGCGGCAUGGGCUGCUGGUUCGAGCACGCCUGGCGGCCGGGGUUUGGCCGCCGCCACACACCCCGCGCAUUUUGGUCCUCGAGGCAUUGGACCUGCAUGCGUCGGCCGUGGCCCUGGUGCAGGAGGCCCUGGCAUCGAGGGUGUUCCUGCCGGAUCGGCGUCUCUCCGUGCGGCUGCACUUUGCCGGGGCCGAGGCGGUGGAUCUGGAUGAUUGGGAUCUCGGGGAGCUCCGGUCGCCUCAUCGCCGGCGGAUGUCCGCCUCGCCGCGGGACUUCGCCUCGGGCGCCGGGUCGGGCUUCGGCUCGGCCGGCACGCCGUUCGCCAUUCUGUCCCCGGCAUCGGCCGCGAGUGGCUCGGGCCCGGGGUCUCCGAUUCCCCCAGGUCGGUCGCUCCUGCCGGCCGACGAGCGUGGCCGCCUACACUCCGAUGACUCGUCCCCCGGGUCGGCGGCCGCCGGCAUUGGCGGCCCUGUGGCCCCUGCCGUGGUCGGCAUCGCUGCCACCACUGCCGGUGCCGGCGCUGGUGCUGCUGGCGCCACCGCUUCGAAUGCCGGUGCUGCCCCCACUCCUGCCGCUGCCCCUGUCGCUGCUGCUGCUGGUGCUGCUGCUGCUGGUGCUGCUGCUGCUGCUGCUACCACCACCGCGGCCGUCUCCGGCUCGGAGACCAAUCUCACAGCCGCGCCGGCGGCUUCUACCUUGGCUGGCGCCCCGGCCACCCUCUCGGGCAUCCUCCCAUCCGACUCGCCCUCCCCGGCCCCGGGUAGCCACCUGGAACUGGCGAUCGCCUGUUUGGAUGGCGCAUCGCCGGACAUGACGCUUGAGCGGCUGGACUCGUUGCGGUCCUCGGAGCUGGGGAUGCUCUCGGCACCGAGUUCGGCCUCGGCCACGUCGGCCGGCCCGGCCUCGGGGCUGCCUUCGCCGCUGGUGGGGCCGGGUACCCCGGGGCCGGCCGCCUCCAGUGGGGCCGCCUCGCCGGCCGGCCCGAACGACUCGGUCCUGACCCGGGCCUCGCCCGAAUUCGGCCCUGCCUCGGGCAGUGGCCCGGGGCCGGGGUCCGGCGGCGUUGGCGCGGCGUUGAAUUCCCCACGCGCCGAUCGCACCGACCACGAUUGGGCCUGGGCCAUGGACCGGCCCUCGCCGGGGAAGGCCUUUGCCGGGGAGGAACUCGGCUGGAUCUUCGACAUCGGCGAGGACUUCGAUGCGGGCGACUGCGAUGACAGCGAUGACAAGUUUUCGAGCUUCUUCUCGCCGGUCAUUUCGGAGAUGGAAGCCCUGGUCAGCUCGCUGGAUGUUCACACGCAUGCCCUGGUCCGGCACCUGCGGCAACUGCAUGCGGCCCGGCUGGCCGGCGAGCGGGCCCUCUACCAGGUCCGUGCCCGGGCCGUGGUCGAGGAGACCAGCCGCGCCAUGCGCAUGGUCCAGCUGUCGAUUGGCCGGUGGCGCGAACAGGCGGCCACCCUGGCCCCGGCCGGGUCCCCGCCGCUGGUUGGCCUGUCCUCGGCCGCUCCGAUGUCUCCGCUGCCGGUGGUGCUGACGGCGACGCCCGGGGCCGACCCGGCCGGGGGCCCGGCCCCAUUGAGCCUGCUCAUCCCGCCGGCUGUCUUUAGCCCACCGCCGGCGGCGGCGGCGGCGGCAGCGGCGGCGGCGGCGGCAACGGCGGCGACGGCGGCUGGGCCCGCGACCGCACCCGCCGGGGCCCUGCCGCCCGGAUCGCCGACCGGCUGCUCCGCCAACGGUGCCAGUGCUCCGGCCCCCGUGCCGGUGACCCUGCCGGAGCUGGCCGCCACGACGGCCAUCCUGGCCGGGGCCCUGCGGGACAUCCGCCUGGAGUUGAACCCCCGGAUUUUGGCCGUGUCAGCGGCCGGCCUGAAGCUCACCGAGUCGGCGGCCCUGGCCUCCGGGGUGUGGCCCCCGGCCGAGGCGGCGGACUGGAUGUGCUCGGCGGCCGGGGCCCUGGGCGUGGCUUUCAAGGUGGUGGUCACCCUGGUGACGGCCUGCUUGCGGCUGGAUCCGGACGCCGAGCGCCGCGCCGCCGGCCAGGGCGAGCUUGCCUGGGCGGCCUCCCUGCGCGGGGCGUAUGGGACUCGAUCCUUGCCGACCUCGCCGCAGGAGGCGCCCAUGGGGGCCGGGGCCCUGCCGCUGGGCCCGGCCGGCCCGCCCGGCAGUGGCCCCGACGAGAUGGACCUGCCGGUCGGGCCGCCGCUGCUGGCGUCACUGGACGGCAUCACGCCGGUCCUCCCCUCCGGGCAUGCAUGCCUGCUGAAUGUCAAGGCCCUGGUCCUGGCCAACCAGGCGUAUGGCCGGGCGGCCCGGCGCUUCCGGGCCCGGCAGAAUGCCCGGCACCGGCGGACCACGCGCCUGGCCAGCCUGGUCCGCCGGGCGCUGGAGGAGGCGGCCCUCUGUGAGGUCCAUGUGUCCGGGGCGCCCGGGCCCGGGGGCGACUUCGGCACCAGCGUGGCCGCCGGGGUGGCCAUCUGCCCACUCGCCCGGGCCCAGCUCCUGUCCGAUCCGAGCUAUGACAGUUACAUCACCAUCGGGGACUUGGUGCUGGACACCACGAGCCCGGCGGCGCUGGCGGCCAUGGCGGCGGCCGCGGCCGGCGGCAGCCACGGCGACCUGCCGGUCAAGGCCGGCACCCCGGAGGCCCUGCUGGUCCGCCUGACCCAUCCUCAAAUCAUUGAUCCGAGCUUCCUCCGGGCCUUCCUCCUGUCCUACCGGUGCUUCAUGUCGCCGCACCAGCUGCUGGCGGCCCUCAUCCGGCGGUACAACCUCCUGCCGCCCUUCGACCUGACAUUCCCGGAGUUCGUGGUGUUCGUGGAGCAUCGGCUCAUGCCGACUCGCAUGCGGGUGUACAACACCCUGCGCGCCUGGCUGACCGGCCACUUCGCCGACUGGCACUCCUCCGAGGGCGCCGCCGGGCUCGGGGUCACCGGCCCCACGGCGUCGGUGCUGGACCCGGGCCAGGCCCCGCCGCCGGGCAGCCUGGCUGCCAAGCUCCUGACCUUCCUCGAGCGGCACAUGAGCAUGCACAUGCCGCGCGCCGCGCGCACCCUGAACCGGCUGUAUCGGGAGAACCUCCAGAAGCACUAUGCCUCGUCGAUCGCUGGCGGGGCACCGAGCGCCACCCAAGCGCCGGGCCUGGUGGCCCAUGCGGCUUCCGGGGUUGCCUCUGCGGCCCCGGGGCUCUUGGAUGCACGCCGCGGCAUGCGCAAGCCCUCGGCUCCGCUGCCGGUGCCGCCGCCGGCGCCGCCGCCGCCGGAGGACUUGGCCCGGCGCCGUGGCACGGUUCCGCAAAGCGCCGGACCCGGGGCCUCGCCCUCGGCCGCGGCAACUCUCCCGGCCGCCUCCCCGCCACUGACUCCCUCAUCCAUGGCGGAUCUCCUGCACUCGGAGCUGUCGCGUGACUGGCUGCAGUUUGAUCCCCGGCACUUGGCCGAGCAGCUGGCCCUCAUCGAGUUUGCCCUGUAUCAGCGCAUCACACGCGACGAGUGUCUCGGCCAGGGCUGGCAGCCGCCCCGGCGGAAGAAGGGCCCCGGCGCCGGGCGAGCCGGCCCCCAUGCGGGCGCCUCCGGGGCCGGGCUUCCCACAGGCACCGGGCCCCCUGCCGGGGGGGAUGCCGCGCUGCUGGCGGCCGAGCGUGACUCGGUUUGGCGCUCGCGGCGCAAGUCCUCCGAUGCCAGCCAAACGGGCAAGGGCAGCCGCGCCGGCCGGGCUGGCACCGGUGGCAAGGCCACCCGCGGCAGUGCCAAGGAAUCCGGCGACUCGGCCGCCGCCGCCGCCGCCGCCGCCGCCGCCUCGGCCCAAUGCAACAUGGUGCGCGCGCCCAACAUCGUGGCCGUCAUCGAGCACACCAACCGCCUGGCCCUGUGGGUGGCGACCAAGGUGCUGGAGGGGUCGACCGUGCGGUGCCGGCGCCAGGCGCUCAGAUUCUUCAUCGAGCUGGCCCACUACUCCCUGGCGCUGAAUAACUUCAACGCCGCGGUCACCAUCAUCGGGGCGCUGGAAACCUCGUCGGUUUACCGCCUGAAGCAGACCUGGGCCGGGAUCACCAGCGACCCGUAUGGCCUGGAGGAUGUGGACCCGGACCGCGGGGCCGGCGGGGCCGGCGGCGGGGGCCUCAACCACCUGGAGGCCUAUCGCCUGCUGGGGAACCUGGCCUCGACGCGCAACAACUUCCGCGCCUAUCGACAGGCCUUGCGGUCGGUGGACCUGCCGGUGGUGCCCUUCCUCGGGGUCUUCCUCACGGACUUGACCUUCAUCGAGGAUGCCAAUCCGGACUACAUUUAUGUCCCGCUGCCGGGGCCGCAGCCGGCUCCGGCGGUGCUGAACACGGCCCCGGCCAUGACUCCGGCCGAUCCGCCGGGCCCGGGCGCGGUUGCCGGGCCCAUGCCCGCCGGCCCGGGCGGCGGGUCGUCCCACAUGGCCAGCUCCUCCGGCACGCUGCUUGGCUUCCCCGGGUGGGAGGUCAUCUCGCCCGGGACGCCGGGCGGCGGCAUGGCCAACCCCGGCCCGCCGUCUCCGCCCCCGGCGCCGCCGCUUCCCCCCUCGGCGGUGUCCUCGGCCUCCUCCUCGAAUGCCGGCAGCAGCGGGUCCACCCCGCAAACGAGCACCAUGCCGCCGCCCAUGAAGCGCCUGGUCAAUUUCGACAAGUGCCUCAAGCUCCACCACACGCUGGAAGCCAUUCGUAUGUACCAACGGGUGUCGUACUCCGGGCGCUUUGAGGCCGAUGAGAAGGCCCAGGCCUUCCUGCGUGGCGUGCGUGGCCUGGAUGACCGGCUGCUGUAUCAACGGUCCCUGGAGAUCGAACCACGCGAGAAUGUCGUCUCACUGGCCUCGGUCAAACUUGACAACUGACGCUGCCCCUGGCGUCCAGGCACACAUUCUCUCUAUCACACACACACACACACACACAC